CGAAAAGAGCCUGAAACACAAAGGCACAAUCCCAAAUUAAAAUCACAGCAUAAAAAAUAAAAUUUUAAUACUACUUCCAAGUAGCAGUGUAUUUUUAUUUUUCAGAUAGAUAUGUAUCUUCACAGAGCAAAAGGCAACCAAAAAAUGCAAUAAGAAACACAAACAUGGCUCCUUCUUCUUCUUCUUCUUCUUCUUCUUCUUCACCUUCUUCUUCCUCUAAAUCUCCUCCUCCUCCUCCUCCUCCUGCUUCCCACCUAUCCCCUGACUUCACUCCAAUUCAAGAAUGUGAAAAUGAAGAUGGGUAUAGCGAGGAACAAAGGCAGAGUACUAGAGAGACUACACCAAGUGCUCCAAAGCACCACCCUACGCCACUUCAUCAGCCUCACAAAAAUGGCAAACCCAAGAAGAUUAUUAAGCAGUCAGAUUCUGAUGCCAACGGAAUCGAAGAUGGUACUACAGUGUGGUGCAACAAGUGUCGUCCACACGCGCGUGAGAAAAUCUCUGUGGUUCCACUCGACAACAAUGGCCUCAACAAGCACUCUUCUUAUUCUUCAUCGAUUGCAAGUCCCAAUGGCAUAUUAAAGUCGAUAUUUUUAUCUUUAACUAAGAAGAGCCCGCGGUCUAGUCCAUCAGAGGCGGCGAGAGAGGAGCAGUGGAAGAUUGCAGUGGCUGAGCUCUCACAAAAGCUUAUUCACGCUACAAGAAAGAGAGAUGAGGCUCUUCUUGAAGCUUCAAGGCUUAAGUAUUCCAUGGCUGAGUUAGAGAAGAAGCUCAACAAGCUCGAAGUCUAUUGCCAUAACUUGAAAUCUGGGCUCGAUGAAUGUAGCACCAACUCAGCUUAUCAAACGGGAAUGAUAAAGACUAGCCACGGUAAUCGACACAGCUCAUUGGGGCUUAAUGACAAAGUGAUUGAACAUUUUUUGGUUUCUGUUUCGGAGUCUCGGUCUUCUGUCAAGCUAUUAAGCCGUUCACUCGCUAUGCAACUUAGGCACACGGGAAGCAAAGUAUACGAAAGAAUUUCAGUUCUUCUCCAACCUUAUGAUAUAAAAAUUUCACUAUCAAAGAACCCAAGAAGCUUGGUUUUUUACCUGGAGGCUUUACUGAACAAGGCUUUCUAUGAAGACUUUGAAUCAAUUGGGUUUCAAAGGAAUACCUCGAUUCAAAUCUUGAACCCGAUUGAUAGGUGCGAGGCUAACUUCGAGUCCUUCAACUUUCUUCGUGGGUUGACAUGGGAGGAAGUGUUAAACAAAGGAACAAGGCAUUUCAGCGAAGAGUAUAGCAGGUUUUGUGACAGGAAAAUGAGUGAAAUUGUUUCGAUGUUGGGAUGGAACAGAGCGUGGCCAGAGCCAUUGUUGCAGGCUUUCUUUGCUGCUUCAAAGAGUGUGUGGUUGGUGCACCUUUUAGCCAACUCGGUGCACCCAAGCUUGCCUAUAUUCAAAGUGGAUAUAGGUGUGGGGUUUGAUGGGGUUUACAUGGAGGAUAUGGGUGGAGAUAAGGUGAAAAGGUUGGUUCCAUCUGUGGUUCGUAUCAUGGUUGCACCUGGAUUCUAUGUCUAUGGCAGUGUGGUCAAAUGCAAGGUGCUAUGCAGGUACUAUAACGCCACCAACAACGAUCAAAGUAAUGGUGAAGGCAAGGGUAUAAUUAUAUGAACUUAAAACUUAAAACUUUGUGAUCCUUUUGUAAUACUUUUGCACUUUGUACUGCAUAUUGUUAUAUGGGGCAUGUUUCUAAUGGCCUAAUGGGUACCUAUGUUUCGAGACGUUGGGUUGUGGGGUUUUUGGGGUCAAAGUAAAGGAUUGGCAUUUCUUGGA